GGGACGAUUUAUCUUGUUACAAGUCUGAGAAUUUCAUUCAUACUGAACUUUACGCUGGAUGCGGGAGCGGAGGGACACAGGAGAAAUGGGCGGAGACAAUUACUCUAAGCCAACCGUGAGGGUGAACGCGUUGCUUGAGAUCUUAUUUUACCCUCCUGGAACAAGCCCGGAAGAAAAUUACCUCGGUUUCACUGAGAAGAGGCCGUGGACGCAGGCAGGUUUGGAUUCGGAUUCAGCUUCCAUCACUUAGCGGUAUGCCAAGAAGCCUUAUCACACAGAUGUCCUUCGAGAUAAUAUGGAUCAGUCCGGAGUUCACCUCUGGGUGAAAGCAGAACCCUUUAUAGUGGGUGCCUUGCAGGUUCCCCCUCCAUCCAAAUUCAGUCUUCACUAUCUCAGGAAGAUAUCCACCUAUGUGCGAACCCGGGCCACAGAAGGAGCUUACCCACGCCUAUACUGGUCCACGUGGAGGCACAUUGCAUGUGGGAAGCUGCAGUUGGCUAAGGAUCUGGCCUGGCUUUAUUUCGAAAUAUUUGAUAGUCUUGCAAUAAAGACACCAGAGGAGCUCCUGGAAUGGUCUGAGAUUCUGUCCAACUGUAUGUCUGAGGAUGAAAUUGAAAAACAAAGAAAUAAGCUUUCAGUGAACACCCUACAGUUUCUGCUCUUCUUAUACAUACAGCAGUUAAACAAGGUCUCCCUGAGGACAUCUUUGAUUGGAGAAGAGUGGCCUAGUCCCAGAAACAGAUCUCAGUCUCCUGACUUGACUGAAAAAUCCAGUUGCCAUAAUAAGAACUGGAAUGAUUACAGUCACCAAGCAUUUGUCUGUGAUCAUCUGUCAGAUCUCCUUGAGCUACUUUUAGAUCCAGAACAACUCACUGCAUCAUUUCAUUCGACCCAUAAUAGUCUAGUCUCUCGCGAAGCUGUUGUGGCCCUCAGCUUUCUUAUUGAAGGUACAGUGAGUAGAGCCAGGAAGAUAUACCCACUUCACGAACUUGCUCUGUGGCAACCACUGCAUGCAGAAAGCGGCUUCUCACGGAUCUCUAAGACCUUUUCUUUCUACAAGCUGGAAGCCUGGUUGAGAGCCUGUUUGACUGGGAAUCCAUUUGGUACAUCUGCUUGCCUUAAGUCUGGAAAGAAAUUGGCUUGGGCUCACCAAGUUGAAGGGACGACCAAAAGAGCUAAGAUUGCUUGUAAUACACACGUGGCCCCUCGGAUGCACCGCAUGGUGGUGAUGAGCCAGGUUUACAAGCAGACCUUGGCCAAGAGCUCAGAUACUCUGGUGGGGGCACACGUGAAAAUUCAUCGUUGCAACGAAUCUUUUAUAUAUCUGCUCUCUCCCUUACGAUCUGUGACCAUCGAGAAAUGCCGGAAUAGCACCUUCGUGUUGGGCCCUGUACAGACUGCUCUUCACCUCCACAGCUGUGACAACGUUAAAGUCAUUGCUAUUUGCCAUCGUUUGUCCAUCUCUUCUACAACAGGCUGCACCUUUCACAUUCUGACGCCUACACGCCCCCUUAUUCUCUCUGGAAACCAGGCAGUAACUUUUGCCCCUUUUCAUACCCAUUAUCCAAUGCUGGAGGAUCACAUGGCCAGGACUGGCCUCGCUACGGUGCCUAACUAUUGGGAUAAUCCAAUGAUUGUGUGCAGAGAAAACUGCGACACAAGUGUCUUCCGACUCUUACCACCUUGUGAAUUCUAUGUAUUUAUUAUCCCCUUUGAAAUGGAAGGGGACACAACAGAGAUACCUGGGGGUCUUCCGUCUGCAUAUCAGAAAGCACUGGGUCAAAGAGAUCAGAAGAUACAAAUCUGGCAGAAAACUGUGAAGGAGGCUCGUUUGACAAAGGAUCAAAGGAAGCAGUUCCAGGUACUUGUGGAGAAUAAGUUUUAUGAGUGGUUGACUAACACGGGACAUCGCCAACAGCUGGACAGUCUUGUGCCCCCUGCUGCCGGCUCCAAACAAGCAGCAGGAUAAGACACCUACGUGGAAACACUGGGUCCUGGAAACAGGAGGGUGAAUGGAAGAUGGUACAUGUCUUCAAACUCAAUUGGGAAGAUGCUCUUGCUGCUUGAGAGACAUUGCAGUUUUUUCCUUCCUAUUUAAGACCGUUCCUUGAUUUCCAUUCCAUACUGCUAUAUUACUGCUUGGGUCAAAUUUUAGAUGAACUUCUGACUAUCUAUCCUAUAAACAAAUGUAUUGUUUAUAGAACAUCAGAAAGCUCAUCUUUGUGUUGCCAAAAUGAAGUUGAUGAAGGCAGUUUCGUUGUAUGUUAAUAUUGAAGUAACGGAUUGUAGAUUUGCAAGUAAAUUUCACAUUUUAAUUUAUAUGAUGAAAGGGUCUCAUCCUUUCUAUAGUUAAAUAAGAAUUUUAUAGUUCUUUGAAACUAUUUAAAAGGAAAUUGCUACUCCUUUUAAAAAUAAUUGGAAUGAAAGUAUAGUUUGUUGGUGUAUAAAUAUAGCAGAAAUAGUUUUAUACAAAGAUAUUUUAGUCCUUAAAAGUAUGAAGCAAUGAAAUUGUGUAAAUUCUUUAUUUUUCAUUUUCUGCUUCACAUUUUCAAUAAGCAAACUCUAAAAAGUAAUUUUCUCCUUUUGAUAAAAAGAUAGAGAUUUAAUUUUAGAAAAAGUUUUAUGGGGGGAGGAAAGAAUUUUUCCUCUAUCCUAGGUUCUUUAGGCUUUAGUCUAUUAAUUAAAUCGACAUAAGACAGAUUAACAGGAGGCAAACUAUUUUAGUUAGAUAUCUGUGGGCGCCUCAUAAGAAUAUGAGUCCCAGGAACAAGUCAGGCAGUUGGCUUGUAUGUCACCCUGACCUAAGUAAUGGAAUAUAGGCCCAGGGCUUCAGAGGGGAGGAGAGUAGUUCACAGUACGUUAAGAAGAGCAGAUGUGUGGCAGUUAGAUGUUUGCCUUGUCAUACAAAUGGCUCAUUCAGAUUAAAACUUCCCUGUGGUAAUAGCUUUCCUUCUGGGCCAGGCCCCCUAUCUGAAUUAUUUUAGGUAGUUAAGGGAACUUUUUCUUGAAUUUGCAGGGUCUUCAUCACCUUUACCUCAAAAUAAUUCACAUACUAAAGGAGCACAUUUUGGGGUCAUGUUUUCUCCCUCUCGGUUACCAAUGUCACUUCGUGAUGUUAUAGCAAAAUAAAGUUUACAUUUGAUUGGGGAAGCUGUAUUCUUUAAGAUAAAGGAAAAAGAAUUAUUAAGUUAUUAAAUAAUUAUUAAAUUGUUAAAUGAAUCCUCUGAUAAACAUUGUUUUGUAUGCUCAGUGGUCAUUGAAGUAGUAAUUAUAUUAAAAAAGGGCUUGAUCUAAAAUGAAAAAUUCUCAGAAUAUGUGUUAAUUCUAAUUGAGAUUUUCAGUUUUUAUUUUAAGAUGAAAUUCAAGAGAGAAUUCAAUAAAGAAACACUGGAGUAAUAGAAGUGUAUUUUGGAAAUUGCUAUUAGUUAACAAAAUUAAUGGUAUCACUUCGAUACUUUCUUUCCUAUUUACUGAAUUCAGGAAGAUAAGCAUAUAACAUUGUUUCUCAAUAAUCUUCCUAUCAAGGCACAUUUACCAUUUUUUGAAUUAACCAUAAUUUAUCUUGGGAGAAUCCCAUUUGUUGGAUGGCUUUAUUCACGAAAACAUGAGGAAGAUGGACUUUUAAGAAGAGUGUACUUGACCAGGAAAAUGAAAAUAGAGAAUGAUUGACUUGUUUUUUUUUAAUUUACAUAAAAUGUAAUCUCAUUCCAAAAGUCAGAUGGUAUAGGUGCCAAGAAACGUCCUCUGAACAGGUUCCCAUUGAAUAUCAUGGCAGAAAAAUGCCACCAACCAGGCGGCAAGCUGAGCUUAGCUCAACCUUGGCAGGACCGUGAUUCUCAGGGUAGCUUUCUGUCCCUCAGGCUGCAUCUGUAGAGCCCUUUCUUGUGGAUCAGAACUUGUGUGUGUGUCCUGAAAAUUUUCAAACUUAAAGAACAGUUGCAAGAAUCUGAAUCCCCACAUAUGCCUCGUCUAGCUUUACCACUUACUAACAUGCCAUACAUUCACUUUACCACUCUGGAUAGUAAUAGUAUUUUUGCUCAGCAAUUUGAGAGUAGGUUGCAGACAUCUUAAACCUUUACUCCUAAAGACAUUAGCAUGCAUUUCCUAAAAAUAAAGACAUUCUCUUCUGUAGUUGUACAAAUUACUAAAUUGACAAAUUCAGGAAAUCUCACAAAAGUACCAUAUACAGUCCAGAUUAAAAUUUUUGCUAAUCCUCUCAGAAAUGUCCUUUGUAGUGACAUUUUCCAAACAUAAGAUCAUGCAUUGUGUUUAGUAGUCAUUACAUUUUGUUGCUUUGGAACAUGUUGCUUCUGUUCAGAAUUAGAGGGUGGCUUUUUGACUCUCCCAUAAGCUCUAUUGAAGAAAAAAGACACUGGGGAUUUCAAGGUGGUAGCUUGCUAGAAAACCAAAUUGCCCAGGUAAGGGGGACAUUUUUGUUUUUAACUUUGAAAACUUUGGCUGGGUUUUGGUGCCUUGACUCAGCAAAGUCUACAAUACAGCAAAGCUUGGUAAGCAUUAGAAGGGGUACUGAAGCUUUCCUUUAUUUCAUAAUCCCAAUUGU